AAGCGGGUCUGCAACUCGAAUUGUGGAUUUCUCAUCUUUCCGAAGGACUCGAGAACUCAUCAUGACAAUGGGAGGGAAGAUUACGUGCUACCUCGACUGCGUAUCACCAUACUCGUAUUUUGCUCUUUUGUAUCUUGAAAGACAUCGAGAGGCUCUAAAGUCGCACGAUGUGGAGAUAGACAUAAUCCCUGUGUUUCUGGGAGGCAUAAACGUUGGGAGCGGCAACAAGCCGCCGUGGACCCUCCCCGCAAAAGCCAAGUAUAGCAGCUUCGACAGUGCACGGGCGAAAAAGUACUUCGGCGUUCCAAAUGUCAAAACGCCAUCAUUCUUCCCAAUCCUAUCACUGCUGCCCCAACGUGCUCUGGUCUACGUCAAGGCCGCCCACCCGAAAUCUUUCGUCCUCACUUUCUUUGAUAUCUUCUCCGAAAUGUGGGAGAAUGGGAUUGAUGUCAGUAAACCAGAACUCAUGGCUAAAGUCCUCUCCAAACGAUAUACCGAUCCGCAGGUCCGCGAGAUCCUUGAGAAUGCGAAUAAUACGGAGUACAAACAGAAACUCAAUGACAAUACCAAAGAAGCCCUUGAUCGAGGGGCAUUUGGCUGCCCGUGGUACGUUGUGAAAAAUUCCAAGGGAGAUGAGGAGCCGUUCUUUGGAAGUGACAGAUUUCAUUUCAUGUGGGAGUAUCUAGGGUUGCCUUUUAAGGACCUUGAACUACCUUUCGCGGGAAAGGCAAAGAUUUGAGCCGAGUAAUUAUAUCUCCUCGAACUGAAGGACGGUAGCCGACUUGAACGUGGGGCAAUACAUGGGGAAGUGACGAGUGCCCG